UAUGGUUCUAUAUACCAACCUUGACAUUGCUUACUAAGAAAUGAAAACUUAUUAGUCGACAAGUUUAAACCUUUAACAAUGAGUCGAGGUCGUAGACAUAUGAUACAGUUGGAUGAGCCUGCCAGCAGGACUUUCUACAGUAAUGAACCAACCUACAAUCAAGAAAUGGAACAGAAUGAUGAAGAGGAUGAUGAUGCUGGUGACAUGCCUACCCCUGAGAGACUGGUUACAGAAGACAUGCUACCAGACAGCUACAAUGAGACGAGGCCCACCUUUAGUAUGAACAAGCCUGCUGGAGAGCUGGACAAUAAAGUUGCAAACUUUCUUGCAGAAAUAGAUGCGAUGGAUGAGCCGAUGCCUGAGCCUCCUCCUCCAGCACCAGUCAGUCAACAGGAUGUCCAUCGAUCUCCGGUUAGAGACUCCAGGUCUCCAGUCAGGUCCAAACCAAAUGCCUACAGCAAUAUGUUUGUGAAGGGCACACCUGAAUUUGUUCAGACAAAGAAAGGAGAUUCAGAAAAGCAUGGGAAACAAAUGAAGCUGGAGCCUUGGCCUGAAGAGCCAACUACAGAUUGGCAGCAGUUGAAGGAUGAGAAGACAAACUACCCGUACUAUUGGAACAUGCAUACAAAUGCUGUUGUGUGGGACAUGCCACCCGAGUUUUCUCAGUACCUGCUCCGACACAAGGAGUAUGAGGAAAAGGUGGAGCGUGGGCUGAGAGAGGGCACACUAGAUCCAAAACAGCGACCUGGCCAGCAGAAUGGUGAUGAAGCUUCUAAAGAGAGCAAGCAAGCUUCUGCUGUUAAAGCUGAAUCAGCACCACAAAAGACGGAGAAGACAGAGCAUAAAUCAAAACACCGGAAGAAUGGCUCAUCCAGUGAGGAUAGCAGUAGUGAUAGUUCUGACAGCGAAGGUGAAACAUCCCGUAAACACAAGCCCCGAUCCCCAAGGCAGGAUGAGAAAUCACCGAAGCGCGAAACAGAGAAAGGCGGGGCUCCAGAAGUGUCGUCUUCAUCAUCUUCAGCUAGCAGUAGAGACAGUCAUAAACAUGCAAAGAGUUCAGUGAGUCCGGACUCCACACGGCCAGAUGACAAGAAGCCCGUGGUUGAGGCGAGCAAGGAUGCCGAUGACAGCAUGGACUUUGACAUCGAUGACAUUGACAAGCAGCUUGAAAUGGCUCUUGAAAAGAAACGGCAAGAACUUAUGAAAAAGGAAGAAAACAAAGAGAAGGUUAAGGAAGAGAAACCCAGUAAGGGAGAAGACGACCGGCACCGAAAACAUAGUCGACACGAUCGGGACAGAGACAGCAGACAUGAAAGGGAUAGGAGGAGGGAUCGUGAUGAUAGGGAGGAGAAGAAACCUAAACUCACGCUGAAAGAGCGACUGAGAAUUGAGAUGGAACUUAAGAUGGAGAAGGAGAGACGCAAAAAGAAGGCGAUUGAGGAUCUUAUGGCACGUGAGCUCGAACAAACCGUGGUCUCGACUAGCAGGGGUCAUAAAAGACACAGCGAGGAUAGGGACAGUAGGGACAGUCGGGAUAAAUCAAGGGGACACAAGCGUUAUCGACAUGAGGAGGAUCGGUAUGGGGACCGGUAUCGGGACAGGGAUGAUUACGACAAUUGGGACCACAGGGGAGGCUACUCUUCAAACAGGAAUGAUGAUGACCCAAGGUUCAAGCCCCCACCCCCUACAGAAGAGAUGAUGGCAUACAAAGAGGACAGAAAGUCCCAGGUAGUCGACUACGGUCAUGGACGGUCCAGGAAUGGUGAUUCAGAUGAGGAAAGGUCCAGAUCUGCAGAUGCCCAGGAUAAUGAAGUGAAAAAAUUAGAGGUUCUACAACUUGCAGAGCUGGCACUGAGUAAGCUAGAGUUUCUCGAGGUUUCGAAGAAGGGUCUCUCCAAGCUCCAGAUUCUCCUUAUUGAACUCGAGACACGUCACCAGGACUGGCAGGCAGGUGGCCUAACCACGAUCCACUUCCUGGCAAAGUUGCGGGAGGCAAACUGGCAACUGGAACAGUACGAAGGCAGUGCUGCUCCCCUGGGAUGGAAGUGCUCUUGGGACAGAGAUUACAGGCGCUAUUACUACACCCACAAGCGGACGGGAAAGACGCAGUGGGAUUAUCCGGAUGCCGAUGAAAUGAAGAAUGAGGAUGAUAAGGCUGAGAAACUCAAAAAGGAGAUGACUUCAUCCUCCAGCAAGACAGAGCCAUCCUCGAGCAGCCAGUACAGUUUCCAGUCCCCAGCGCCUCCCCAUAAGCUACUGAGUGCAGUGACGGCACCACCGCCACCCCCUCCCCCACCUGCUGAGGAACAUUCAGCUGUCAAGUCCCUCCAGCUCAUGUAUGGCAGUGAUAGCGAGGAGGAGGAAACAGAAGAACAACAACAACCGCCCAAGGAGCCUCCAGCCCCAAUAUUGCCAGAUGAGUUACCUCCCUUGCCCCCUGAUAAUCACCACCACAAGGAGAAGAAAGAGAAGAAGAAAAAGAAGAAAAAAGACAAAUCCAAGAAGAAAGAAAAGACUGAAUCUGCCAUUGUAGCGGGUCCUUCAGGUCAGGAGUUCAUGUCAGUUGGUUCUAUGUAUCCCAUAACCAUGCCAGCAUUACCCCCCUCCCAGCCCCCUCCUCCAGGAGUUGAACCACCCACCCCGGAACCUACAAAUGUAGUAGACAGUUCAAGUGCCAUAGCACAGGUGCCAGUAUAUGGUGGUUCAGAUGCAGACCAUUACGCCAUGAAUGACCUUCCCCUGAAGUUUGGUUCUGUGAUUGAGUCCGGUCCCCAGCUUGCCUCAGACACAGUCAGCUACCAACAGCCUCCACCUCCAACAGAUGGGGAACCAGCCAUUGGACAUUAUACAAGUGAAGCAGGAGGUAUUGGGGAGCCAGACCAAGGGGUUCCGGAUGGGGCUCCUUUCGGGCAUGAGGCUCCACAAGGGGUCGCCCCUGCUACAGAGGAAAAGAAGAAAAAGAAGAAAGAAAAGAUGGGGUCAGGUAGCAUCUCACUGAAGAAGAAGCAUGUGUCAUCAAUGGUUCAGAAGUGGCAGAAAGUUAAAAAAGAGGUUGAGUUGGAGGAACAGACUCGCCAGAUGCGGGAAGCAGAAAUACGCAGGAAACUCGCAGAGCUGGAAUGAAUUCUGUGCGGCAGAGAGACUUCAUUUGUGGAAAUAAGUGGACAAUUUGUGUUGCUUAAAUUUUAUGGACGGUUACAAAAGUAUGUGGUAGAACAUACAGAAAAAAACUUCCUGAACUAUUUCAAUAGUAUUAAUUUUGAUAUACAUGGCAGAAAUGAAAAACAAGUCAGUGAAUUUGUGUAGUGCUUGUUGUAUAGAUACAUUUAAGAACAACAUGAUUGUAUGAAAUGUGUAUGGUUUAAAUACAAAAAAACUUCAUGUAAAAUGUAAAGGAACUUGCAUGUACCAGCAUGUGUGGUACGCAUAAUAUUUGUUAAGAGAACAGUGCUGCUUUUGGGAAAUUAUAUUUCUGCUCUCCUUGUCCUUUCCAAGCUGGUCUUGUAGAUAUAUAUUUAGUGACUGUUUCUUAACUUUCUCAAUACAUCGGCACUGGAUAUCAUCAGGUAGGAUGCUAGUCCAAGUCAAGGCUCUGAACCUCCCAUUGGUGAGAUUUGCGACCAAACCAAGGGGACUUGCACAGAGCCUGGUUGGCCCCCAUUUAUCUGGGGCUAAGCCCUCUUACUUUUUUCUCUUAGUUGUGCAACGUUUUAGAUGUAAUUCAUCGUCGUUACACAACCAAUUCUUUUGAUCUGAAUUAUUCUCAUUGCUUUAUACCUGAUUCAAUGAUGAGGGUAUACCCCAUUUAGGCUUCUAUAUUCCUCUUUAAACUGCAUGAAGAAUGUGUUUGGGUCAAGCCAUAAUGCAGCCAAUAGGCGCUGGCAGACCUUAAAAUUAUUAAUUCUAACACAUACUCUUCUAUUGAAACAUCGCAGUGUUCUUUUUAGAGCACUACUAGUACAAAGAAGAACAGUGUAUACAUUUUAAAAAUUGUGUUUGAUUGUAAAUACUUGUUAAUUUAAAAUCAACAUAUUGCACCGCAUAAAUACCUUUUCUUAGAAGAAAGACCAUGCCAUAGUAUUAAGUAAAUGUUCAUAUACAUGUAUAGACCAUUACUGUCUUGAUGCAUGUAUGGUUCAGUUUAAAUUAUUUUAGAUACAUGCUUCGCUGGUAAGUACAUAUGGCUUUCAUUGUUUAAAAAGACUUAAAUUAAGUUUUUAAGUGACCAAGAUGGUUGUGAUGCAUCUUUGGAUGCAAAAUGUGCCAAUAUGCUUCUGUCAGGUCUACAUUUAUCUGUGAAAAGCCUACAGCUAUCCCAUGUUGUAUUAGAUCUUUUCAGGUGCUCCUAUAUAUUUUUUCUGCUUGAGAUGUUGGUAUAAAGCCAACUGAUAUUACAUGUAAAAUGUGCUUAACUGUUUACUGUAAAAUACUGUGAAUUAUUUCUGAGUAUUAAAUGAUAAAAAAAGA